GUUCAUGAAAAGAUGCCAGCUACGUCUCGGCCGAGCAGCCAUUCUUUUUGUGCUUGACGCCGCCUGAGCAUUGUGGUUUUGUACGCCCAGCUAGCUCAAGCUAGCUAGCUGCGAAGCAUCACUGACUGCUGCCCGUCAUUGCUAGGAAGACCGAGGCAGCACAAGCAAGCACCAUCCCAGUUUCUCGCUGCCGUUCCGGAAUGGCUCUUCAGUCGAGAACAUUUGGCUCCGUGCGUCGAGCAUGGCUAACCCUCCUGGAAAAAAGUAUUUCUGCAUGGCAUGUCACAAGAAGCAAAAAUAAGAGGCAAACUUCCCUAGGCCAAGGUCCCAGCCGAAGCCAAGGCAUGCAAGCAAGACACACACAGAGAGAGAAAGAGAGAGAGAGAGAGAGAGAGAGAGAGAGAGAGAGAGAGAGAGAGAGCGAAAGAGUCGGUACCGUCAUGUCAGCAGGGGACUUGUACCGUUACUUACCUCUCGACCCGAACGAGAGCAACCGGUCGACUAAGCCCUGUCAAUGUCUGAGCACCCUCUGGCGCCGAGAAUGGGUCUACCCCCCUGGUGUUUCCCUUGAUCCCAUGUACCCCGGCCAGCACAUUUGCUGUCCACGACCCAACAGCUUCAACUUGUAUCCAAAUCCAUGUCGUCGCCGUUCAUCCUCCUCUUCUCCCCCUUCUCCUCCAGCACCACACCCCCAUGCACCUUAAGCUCGUUGGUUCCCCGGCAAGUUGCCAGGGCUCGGUCGAUAAGAAGGCUAUGCCGCCAUAAGAGAACUACGCUAGGGCAAUUCAGAAAAAAAUAAAAUCAAAUAGACCUGGCUCCUCCCGACCUUGCCUAAUAGUCUCUGUCGUGUAA